UCGAAAAUUGCAGCAGCUUUUAAUCCCCUCAGCUGUCCUCAAUCUUCUUCGUUCAUUAAUGAUUCUGCAGGGACAGGGGUUGCAAUCCGUGGUGUGGUGUGAGCUCUGACUGACUUUGCACCUCUGUCUCGAUGCGAUAAUCGACAGCCAUUGCUGUUGUUGGUGAGCAGGGAGGCAGUUUGAGUCGAUUACCAGCCUUCUCUGCUGCAUCAUCUCCCUCCUUGGAAGUGCCUUUCAGCUCCGAGCUAAUCUUAAACUGUUGCCAAGGCUAGUUAAAAUACCGACUGGGGAAGCAGCUUGUCUGAAGGUCAAAUUUCUAGGCUGCAGUGAAGGAGGAUUAGAGAGCUCCUACUGGAUGUUGACAGCAGAGCAGCCAAGGAGAGGAAUGUACUUCUGAGGGUUGACUGCCAAAACGUUAGAAGAUUAUUACUAGGUUUGGAAUAUUGAGUGUUUUGGCUGUGUCGCACUGCAAGCAGGCUGUAUUGUGCGGAGAGAUUCCUGCUUGAUUGCCUGCAAGGAGAGAGAGAGAGCACUGUAUAGAAACGGGCUUUGUGGUGUUGAGGGAUCAGUCAGUGUCUGCCUACAGAAACUCCACUAGCCAAGAGCUUUUCAUCUUUCUCCCAGCCUGUAACUGAAGCCAGAAAACUUUUCGGAGUCUGUGUGGUGAGGUGACAAAGAGGAGCCUUGGGAACAACUCCAAGCAGCACACAAUACAUGACUAAAGACCAAGCAGCCAUGGAUAUGUCGACAGCUGCGAGCCCAGCAGAGAACAGCACCACCUUCACACAGGUCUUUGGGCACCAGUGUGAGGUCAUGCAGGCAGCUGUACAGUCUCUGGAUACUUUAAAUGAACAAAUCACGUAUUUCAUCACAAACAAGCCAGUGAUAGCAGACAGGCAGAAUGAAGACUUGCUGCCUGAGGAGCAGGACACCCUGAAGAAAUCAUUGAGCUUAAUGAGACACUUACUUAUGGAUGUGCAGGCUAAGAUCCUCAGCACCAUGGAAGACAACAAGCAGCUCGCCAGCAGGAUCGACGGGGCUGUGCAAGCGGCCAACCGCGAAGUGAGCAGCCUGAGAGCCGAGCUGACCGCUACCGGCAGGAGGCUGGCUGAGUUCAGCACCGGAGGGGAGUGCGGCACCAGCGGGCAACCAGCACAGCACCGGGACGAUGAUUGUGAUGUUCAACCUGAAGAGCUGCAGCAUCAUGUGACAGUGCUUCUCCGUGAGGAGGUCUCCCAGCUCCAGGAGGAGGUGCAGUGGUUGCGGCAGAUGAAGGAAAUGCUGACCAAGGAGCUGGAGGAUUCGAAUGUAGGGAAAUCGGCCGAAAUCCUGUCGGUGACUGAGCUGAAAGUGCAGCUUGCUCAGAAGGAGACGGAGCUGGCCCGAGCCAAAGAGGCCCUACAGGCCAUGAAGACAGACCGUAAACGUUUAAAAGCAGAGAAGGCUGACCUGGUAAACCAAAUGCAGCAGCUGUACGCCACGCUAGAGAGCCGGGAGGAACAACUGCGAGAUUUCAUCAGAAAUUAUGAGCAGCACAGAAAGGAGAGCGAAGAUGCAGUGAAGGUCCUGGCGAAAGAGAGAGACUCACUCGAGCGAGAGAAGCGGGACCUGCGCAGACAAGGCAAGGAGGCUACGGAUCAUGUGACUGCACUCCAGUCGCAACUGGACCUGAAAGAAAACAGGAUUAAGGAACUGGAGGCAGAGUUGGCCAUGAUAAUGAACCGUAUGGGCCAGAAAAUGGAAUAUCGUAUUUUCGAUCGUUCAGCUGAGAAGGAACCCUUCCCUCGGGUGCUGGCGGCCAAGCAGUCGUUAGCCACACUGACCAAGGAUGUGCCCAAGCGGCACUCACUGGCGAUGCCGAGCGAGAGUAUGCUGAAUGGGAAUCAGGAGUGGGUAACGCAGUCAGACCUCCCUCUCACUGCUGCAAUCCGACAGAGCCAGCAGACGUUGUAUCACACACAUCACCACCCAGUAGACCGGCAAGGAGUGCGAGUCAGUCCGUGUCACUCAAGACAACCGUCCAUCAUCUCAGACGCUUCAAUGCUUGAAGGUGAAAGGUCGUCCACACCGAGUGACAUCAACUCACCGCGACAUCGGACACACUCGCUCUGUAAUUCUCUUGAAGACCUCGAAGAACAAAAAAGGAAGAAGAAGAAAGAGAAGCUGGUGUUUGGCUCCAUUUCCCGGGUGUUUGCCAGGGGCAAGCAGCGGAAAUCCCUGGAUCCCGGCUUGUUUGAUGAUUCGGACAGUCUGCCCAGCCCCACACACCUGAUCCUCGGGUAUUCGGAGGGCGAUGAACAGCUGGACAAGUUACAGCAAGUGGAGAUUGCAAGGACAAUGCCCAUGUCACAGUGGAAGGCGGGCACCGUCCAAGCCUGGCUAGAAGUUGUCAUGGCGAUGCCAAUGUACAUCAAAUCCUGCAUGGAGAACGUCAAAAGUGGCAGGGUCUUGCUGAGCCUGAAUGACGAUGAUUUGGAGUUGGGCCUGGGAGUAAACAGCACGAUGCACCGACGGAAACUCCGACUGGCGAUUGAGGACUAUCGGGAAGCUGAAAACGGGAAGGGGUUGUCCAAAGCCUCCGAGCUGGACCACCAUUGGGUGGCGAAGGCAUGGCUGAAUGAUGUGGGCCUCCUGCAGUAUUCCCAGGCUUUCCACAACCACCUCGUUGAUGGCCGAGUGCUGAACUCUCUGACAAAGCGGGAUCUGGAGAAGUACUUGAACGUGUCGAAGAAAUUUCACCAGAUCAGUCUCCUGCUCGCCAUUGAGCUAUUCCGACAGUGGGAUUUCGAUAGAGAGAUUUUACAUGAAAGAAGAGCCUGGUGUGAAAAUCACAAUGUGGAUCCUCUAGUAUGGACCAACCAACGGGUCAUUAAGUGGGUCAGGGAGAUUGAUCUGAAGGAGUACGCAGACAAUCUCCUGAACAGCGGUGUUCACGGUGCAGUGCUCGUCCUUGAACCCACCUUCAACUCGGAAGCCAUGGCAACCGCAUUAGGAAUUCCCAGCAGCAAGCACAUUAUCAGGCGCCAUCUCUUUGAAGAGCUCAGCUUGAUUGUCAAUCCAGCCAGGCAUGGAUUGAUACAGGAAAGUGAGAGAUUGGGGCAGCUAUGUUAUGUACAGCAGGGCUCACUCAUGGGACAUAAUCACACUGGGGAUCAUGUUCUAGAAUACACAGAGGAUGAGACCAGCAGACAAUACAAAACAGAAAGGGGACCAAUGGAAUCAAUGAAGACAUUUGGCAGAAAAGAUCUCAGUUUCCACGAGGCCUACUCCUCACAUGUGGAGGGAGACUCUGAGGAGGCAGUGUCCAGACCAGUGUGCAGCUCUGUCCAAACCUUCCCUGGGAUAGAGGUUACUAAUGUGUAGGACAGAGCUGGGCACUGGGUCCUGCUGGAGGGAGUGCACACCUUUCCAAAUCAACAACUCCAAAGAACAUCAGGAGAAAAAUGGAGGACUUUCUUACCAAGUGAAAGGAGGUUCACACUUUUCAUCUUGUGGACUGGGUCACUGUUGUCUGCAGUUGGCUACAGAUGGCCAUUUUGGAAAAGCUGGUGAGUGCCAACAACUUAGUGGAAAGCUGCCUUUCACUAAUUAGGACGAGCCCCAUGUCACCACCAGUCUACUGUGCCCCAGGACAAGGAGGUUUGGUUCCAUUCUGAAACCAACUUUCAGCUGUUGGAGGUGUUUAUCUUGAAUGGACUCAACUGAAUGUGGAGGGGCACAGGAAGUGCACAUGGCCCUCACGCAAAUGUCUGUCUAAACAAUGUACCUUUUCUGUUUAGAUGGAGAUGCUAAUAAUGUUCCCAAUUGUGUUCCCUAAAAGAUGGGGUUAUACAUCACAGGUCAACCUGUUGUCCACAUUUUAAUGGGGAAUCCAUGGAGCAGUCUUGACUUUGAACUAACUCUGGAGCAAUGCACUACAACUUGGCUCGCUUCACCGCUCACCAUCCGCAAAAAGCAAUUGGACACAGUGAAAGGCAAAAAAAGCUCUGGCAGACUUUUACUUCAACAAAUUUCUCUUUGUUAAACACAAGUGUUUCACCCAUGCCAGACAUUCCAGUUAAGUCUCCUAUUUGGUGAUACAUGUCAGUGUUAUUCUUGCCUGGAGUGGAGCCCUCGUCCUUGCUAUGCCUCUGUGCUGAUGUGGGUUCCACAGGAAUUGCUGCACAGUGCCACAUUCAGGCAAACAGCCAGAAGGUUUGAUUACAAACCCCGCCCUUGAGGAUCAGCCCAUAACAGGCUGACCCUGAGGAGGCCAUGCUGUGGCUAGAGUUGUAGCUUUCAUCGCCUUUGGUGUGGUUUCCCAGAGCUGGGCUGAGAAAUGCCACUUUGGGACUCGGGUUCGAUUCUACCCUCGGGCGAAUGUCUGUGUGCAUUUUGCACAUUCUCCCCGUUAUUGUGUGGGUUUCCUCUGGGUGCUCUGGUUUCUUCCCACGGUCCAAAGAUGUGCAGGCUAGGUGGAUUUGCCACGCUAAAUUUCCCAUAGUGUCCAGGGAAAUGUAGGUCAGGUGGGUUGGACAUGGGAAAUGCAGGGUUACAGGGAAUGAGUUUGGGCAGAAUACUCUUCAGAGAGGCGGUGUGGACUUGUUGGGCUGAAUGGCCUGUUUCCACACUGUGGGGAUUCUAUGAUUCUAAGAGCUCCUCCUUAGCUGGGACUGACUGUCCCUGAAGGACAUGUUGGGGGAGGGCCAUAUUGAGGGGCUAACGAACAUAGUGCAGCGCUGGCUGGCAAUAGCUAUCCAGGUUCAGCAGGUCUAACUAAGCCAGUAUACAGCCUUAAAUGGCAUUGAUCCAGAAACAGCAUCACAACCCAGGCUGCUGGAGAGUGGGACACGUCUCAAUUGGGCUGUGGGCUUGGACAUUUCAAAUAUGAAUGUCAUAAACCAAAUCUCCUGUAGAAGUUAGAAUGAACUGUACAAACUGGGAAGAUCCCAGGUUCCAACCUCAGUACCCAGCAUCAGUUUUGAUGAUAUGUUACCCACGGUACCUACAGCAUUUGUCACCGCCCACGUUUCACUGUGGAGAAAAAGUCAGAAUUACUCUCAGAAACCGCUGAGGUGUGUGACCUCAGAGAGUCUGAAGAGGUUUGUGUGAGGAAUUGCAGCCUCAAUACAUUGAAUAGUUUCAAUCUAUUCAGGGAGCUUUGUUUCCUGCAUGCCCACUGCAUCUCAUUGGCUGAAGGGAGCAGUAGAUUCCUAAAGAGGUCAGAAUGCUUAGAUGUCAAAGGGAAUUCUGUCCUCUCAAACAUUGCCGAAGGUCGGAGUUUAACAUUCCUCCCCAGCUGUACAUUGAAACUAGUGAAAGAUCCAAGUCCGUUGAUGGUGGGUCAUAUUUCACAGAAUCAGGAUGAGGCCAUUUGGUCUGUAGCUGUGUGAAAGAGUUAUCCAGUUAGUGCCCAUACCCUGCUCUUCCCCCAGAGCCUGGGAAUUCUCCUCCUUUUCAAAAGUCCAUGCAUAUCCCUUCUGCAAGUUCGAAUCUGCUUCCACUGACCUUUCAGGAAAUGCAUUCCAGAUCAGAACAACUUAUUGCAUUAAAAUUCUCCUCACUUCUCCAGCCUCCAGGUCUGUUGUUAAGUUUAUUAACUCUGUGUUCUCUGCUUAUCAAAUCCGUCAUUAGUGGAAACUAUCUCUCCCCAACUGACUCUCAGAAAACCUUCAUGACUUUGAACCCCUGUGAUAAAUCUGAACCUCCUCUGCUCCAGGGAGACAAUCCUCAUUUCACUAAUCUUGCCACAUACUGGGUAUCCCUCGUCCCUGCUCAAUUUCCUCAGUUGGCAAAUUUUGCCUCUUCAGGGUCGCUCGGUGGUUAGCACUGCUGCCUCACUGCACCAGGGACCCGGGUUCGAUUCCAGCCUUGGGCGACUGUCUGUGUGGAGUUUGCAUAUUCUCCCUGCGUCUGUGUGGGUUUCCUCCCACAGUCCAAAGAUGUGCACGCUAGGUGGAUUGGCCAUGCUGUAGUGUCCAGGGAUGUUUGGAUUAGACAUGGGGAAAUGCUGGAGUAGGGGAAUGAGUCAGGGUUGGAUGGUUUUCGGAGCAGCGAUGUGGACCCGUCGUGCUGAAUGGCCUGUUUCCACACUGUUAAUUCUAUGAUGAUUCCAGCUGAGGGAUUCUGGAUUCCCACAUCACUCAGAACCAUCCAUAUCGCAUCACAGGAGUUGUUUGAGACUUUGACUUCAGGUCCCUUUUGUUUUCUGGAUGAAUGGGGAUGGAGAGCUGAGCAAAAGCGAGCGACCCAGUUAGUACUGAGAGUACAAGUUCACUCAGAAUCAUUUAGAUUCAAAGCAGCUGGCAGCCAGCUGUACAGCAGCAUUUUGUUAAGAAUCUCACGGAGCAGGUCGCCUACAGGAGACCAAGGAAAGCAAACGGCUGCAAAAGCAAAGGGUAGAGCAGAAACAAUAAGACCCGUAGAGGGAAUUAUAUCCAUGUGUUCACGAAGGUGCAGUCUAAUCAGUACGAAUGCAACUUGACAAACUGACUGCUGCAAAUGAAAACACACACAUGAUGUACUAAUGUACUUGAGAGAGCAGCCAGUCCUAUACUAACCCCUUCAAUAACAAGAAUAAGACAUGAGCUGUUUUUAACCAUUGGAGAUUAUUAAACUAACUGUACUGAUUUUAUUUUGUAUUCUGUGAAUAUUUGUUGAAUAGAAAAAGGCAAUGCUUUUUUUAAAAAUAGAUUUUAGCAUACUCACAAAGAUUUUGUAUUAUUUUAACUUGUUAUAUUAUUUGAAAUGUUUGACGGAAAUCUCAGUUUCCUGUGUUGCCUUUGCUGUUUCUCCUCUAUUCCAUUGCUGCUGGUUAUUGUGGAAAUACUCAAUGACCCUCUCACAGAGUUUGCUCACGGGAUCAAUUCCAUCUUUUUUAAAGAAAAUACUCGUGCAGUUCCUGGUAUUUGCAGUGACACUCGAGCUGCUUGCUCAGGCUGGACGUGUGUUUCUGGAGGUGUCACCUCACCACAAUCCCACAAACUCCUGCCAUUGAUCACCCCAAUCUGUGCAUUUUCGUGGUAUUCUGCCUGUCCCACUAAUUAAAAAGUGACGUGUUUUUCCAUCAAUCUGUCAGCCAGGCGAACAGAUGGCUUUCCCCUUAUGUCGAACCAAUUUACAAAUAAAUCAGCAGCAGUGCAGAGAAGCAUUUUGUUUAAACAUGUUUUUCUGAUAUUUGUUCUGAAGAUUUGGGAAGUGGGGGGAAUGUUGCAUUGGAUGAGGUGAGGUGCUUAUUCCAAGUCCAACCAGACACACUGGGCUGAAUGGCCUCCUACUACUCUCUCACAAUCCCACGAUUCUGCAAUCUUAGAUCCUUGAGCCCAGGACUUGUUCAAAUGUGUGCAGGCCAGCUUCAGAUUGACUGGAAGAGAAAAUGAACAAAACCAUGAUUUGCAAUCCUCAGAACACAGAUUAGAAAUCACAAAACAAUGAAAAUGAGAUUGUCAUUUGUAAUGACUACAGUGAUGGAAAGUGAGUCCUAAAAUGGAAGUGAAAAUCCUGAUGAGCCAUAUGGUGAGAAAAGGCAACUUUAUUCAAUCACUGCAAAUGACACUGAGGACUUCCAUCUCUUGUGCAUGACCACAAAGAUUUUUAAUGCAAUGAUUUCACUAAUAAAUCUUCCUGAUUUGGUACACAAACUCAAUACACACAAUCAGAGGAAUCAGAGCAACUGGAAAAUGUCAUUUCAGCCUCUCAAACCUUUCAUUUGGAUAUUAACUGCUCAACAGUCCUAUUCCAGGCCCAGCCUUGAAUCUGUGUAGAUGGAAUGUGUGCUGUCCCUGGUCUCUGCUUUCUCUAAACUGACAGGGGAAGCAUACAAAUGUAGUAUCUGUUCUAACUUGUACUGCACUUCAUCAUGAGGGUGAGCUUGGUGCUAGCUCUGUGCAGUUUGUGAGGGUGGGUUUUAGUUCCGUGAUGACAUUUCAAGAUUGUGCGUAACAAUUCACAUCAAAAAAAACUAAAAGGCAUCUCCCUGGUGGUUCUGCUGAUGUGGGGAACUGAGCAACACACACAGUCAGUCAGAUCCUGGCAUUCAGCCGCAGUAGGUUCAUCAGUGGAUCUCAGCCAAAGGAGUGUCGAUUAGCCUCUAAUAGAGAGGGAGGGGAGAAAAGAAAAAUCACAAUCCAUCGGCCUCUCCUGCAAAGUUCUUGUCGGGGUCAUGGUGGAAUAUAGGGGGAAAGGCAGAAGUGAGCUGGCCUGCACUAUAACUGAGUAACCUACCCACAUUAAACGUCAACUUUUGUGCUUCUAAGAUGCUGCUUGGCCUGCUGUGUUCAUCCAGCUCCACACUUUGUUAUCUCGGAUUCUCCAGCAUCUGCAGUUCCCAUUAUCUCUGAUGCAACCUACCCACAUUCACUGGCAGAACCUGGCAGUGAGGAAUGGAUGCCAAGGUGAGGUAUUGGAGAACAUUGUGCCCAUCGGAAACAGUACCACACCAACAGCCCGCACCUUUUGGCUUUGUGACUGUGGUGGCAGCAAAUAAAGGGACCCAGUGGAGCUGCUCAUCUAUUAUAAAACAUUGUCUUGUUCUGACCUAACUAGUCUAUUGUGCAUUCGUUACUUUGUUACA